GCCAGGGGUCGACGCUAAGAAUCGACUCUCGUCGUCUAUAUUUCUUCGAUUUUCCUCCACAAACAAACCUUUUCUCUUCAUACCACCAACAAGAUACCCUCUACCUCAUUCUUGUGCAGCCCAACCUCAAUCCUUCUACGACCUCACGAAUAGCUAAAGAAACGAGACAAACGCAACCAUGCCUGGCGAAACCUUCGAGUUCCAGGCUGAGAUUUCUCAGCUUCUCUCCUUGAUCAUCAACACAGUUUACUCCAACAAGGAGAUCUUCCUGCGGGAGCUUGUUUCCAACUGCUCCGAUGCCCUCGAUAAGAUCCGAUAUGAGGCCCUCUCCGACUCAAGUAAGCUGGAGACCGGCAAGGAUCUCCGCAUCGACAUCAUCCCCGACAAGGAGAACAAAACCCUCACAAUCCGCGAUACCGGUAUUGGCAUGACCAAGGCUGAUCUCGUCAACAACCUCGGCACGAUUGCACGAUCCGGCACCAAGCAGUUCAUGGAGGCCCUGACUGCAGGCGCUGACAUUUCCAUGAUCGGUCAAUUUGGUGUCGGUUUCUACUCUGCAUACCUCGUUGCCGACCGUGUCACCGUUGUCUCUAAGCACAAUGAUGAUGAGCAAUACAUCUGGGAGUCCAGCGCCGGUGGAACUUUCACACUCACACCCGACACCGAUGGCGAGCAGCUCGGCCGUGGCACAAAGAUCAUUCUGCACCUCAAGGAUGAGCAAACCGAUUACUUGAACGAGUCCAAGAUCAAGGAGGUCAUCAAGAAGCACUCCGAGUUCAUCUCAUACCCAAUCUACCUCCACGUCUCCAAAGAGACUGAGAAGGAGGUUCCUGAUGAGGAGGAGGAGGAGACCAAGGAGGACGAGGCCGACGACAAGAAGCCCAAGAUCGAGGAGGUAGACGACGAGGAAGAAAAGAAGGAGAAGAAGACCAAGAAGAUCAAGGAGACCAAGAUCGAGGAGGAGGAGCUCAACAAGCAAAAGCCAAUCUGGACUCGCAAUCCUUCCGACAUCACCGCCGAGGAGUAUGGUUCUUUCUACAAGUCCCUUUCGAACGAUUGGGAGGACCACCUUGCCGUCAAGCACUUCUCCGUCGAGGGCCAACUCGAAUUCCGCGCCAUCCUUUUCGUUCCCAAGCGUGCUCCUUUCGAUCUCUUCGAGACCAAGAAGACCAAGAACAACAUCAAGCUCUAUGUUCGCCGUGUCUUCAUCACUGAUGAUGCCACCGAUCUCAUUCCUGAGUGGUUGAGCUUCGUCAAGGGUGUCGUUGAUUCUGAGGAUCUUCCUCUCAACCUGUCUCGUGAGACCCUUCAACAAAACAAGAUCAUGAAGGUCAUCAAGAAGAACAUCGUCAAGAAGGUUCUUGAGCUCUUCGGUGAGAUCGCCGAGGACAAGGAGCAAUUCGACAAGUUCUACUCUGCCUUUUCCAAGAACAUCAAGCUUGGUAUCCACGAGGACUCCCAAAACCGCCAAGCUCUUGCCAAGCUCCUCCGAUUCAACUCCACCAAAUCUGGCGAUGACAUGACUUCUCUCACUGACUACGUUACCCGUAUGCAAGAGCACCAAAAGAACAUGUACUACAUCACCGGCGAGUCUCUCAAGGCUGUCUCUAAGUCACCAUUCCUUGACUCUCUCAAGGAGAAGAACUUCGAGGUUCUCUUCCUGGUUGACCCCAUUGAUGAGUACGCUAUGACUCAACUCAAGGAGUUCGAUGGCAAGAAGCUCGUCGACAUAACCAAGGACUUCGAGCUCGAGGAGACCGAGGAUGAGAAGAAGACCCGUGAGGCCGAGGAGAAGGAAUUCGAGGGUCUCGCUAAGGCUCUUAAGAACGUCUUGGGUGACAAGGUCGAGAAGGUCGUUGUCAGCCACAAGUUGGUUGGUGCUCCUUGCGCUAUCCGCACUGGUCAAUUCGGUUGGUCCGCCAACAUGGAGCGCAUCAUGAAAGCUCAGGCUCUCCGUGAUACCUCAAUGAGCUCGUACAUGUCUUCCAAGAAGACCUUUGAGAUCUCACCCCGAUCACCGAUCAUCAAGGAGCUCAAGAAGAAGGUUGAGGCUGAUGGUGAGAACGACCGCACCGUCAAAUCCAUCACUCAACUCCUCUUCGAGACAUCCCUCCUUGUCUCUGGCUUCACCAUCGAGGAACCCGCCGGAUUUGCCGAGCGCAUCCACAAGCUCGUCUCUCUCGGCCUGAACGUUGAUGAGGAGCCUGAGACUGCUGAGGAGACUGCGGCCGAGGAGGCCGAGGGCGAUGCGCCAGCUGAGAGUGCCAUGGAGGAGGUCGACUAGAUGCAAAUAAUGAGAAUCUUUGCUUUCGCGCGGGGAUCUUGGCGGAGUUUGAUUGGUUUGGUAUUUCACGAAAGGUCAAUCCUCGCUUUUUUGCAUGAGAGCAGUCUGCUUUUCCAUCUGGACACUUCGUUUGCAUUGCACGCGAUGAUGGCAUAAUCCUUCCUCUAAAAAUGUACCUUUGUUACAACAAUGCGUUAAGACUUUUUCAGAAAGAGCAGAGCAGAAUACAAAAACUACCUCCACC